AUGUUGCAUGCCGAGCAUCCUAAUCUUCACAAAGUGUCGGUGCUAGCGGAUAGUGCGGAGCCAAAAGAUGGACUGAUGGCGUACCAGGCGCAUACCGAUCCGACCGACCUCGUAGGCAGCAUGACUCGUGAGCUCGGCGGGGAUGCCGAGAUCUACAGAUCUCACAUCGACGAUUGGAGAGCGCAUCAGCCCGCCGUGGGUGUGCAAUUGCCCGCAGGCAGGAAACUUCGUCCCACCCUCUUUUCCAAAGCGUUCGACCCACCAGAGAUGGGCCGCUAUCGACAGACGGAGGUCGAGUUGUACAAGGAGAAAUGGAUGAGACCUGAAAAACUGAUGCAGGACAAAGGGCGCAUCCAGAAGAAACUUUGGCCGGAUGAAGAGGUCAUCAGCCAAGCUCACGCUAGUCGACGUCUCAAAGAUGCGCAACAGCUUGAACGGAUCAGGUCGGAAGACCCGGAAACAGUAGCGGUCGUUCAUGAUCGGCACCUUUCGACGGUUCAAGCUCGUCCUGUACACAUAGAGCACGCACACGCUCGAAUUUCCAAACCCCAAAAGUCUUCGCCGACCAAUCAAGCACAGGAAAAAGGCGUCUUGAAGCAUCAUCCCACCACGAAGCAGGACGACUCCGCGCAAGUGAUCCGCCCAGCUCUGAGCACUUUUCGGGACGAGACGACGCGCUCGGAAGAGAUCGCCCAGAUGCACGAGUCCGAAUCGAAGAAGCCGCGCAAGUGGCAAUGGUACCACGGCGAAUGGAUGGUCAACGAGUCUGCCAUGUGUCCACAUUGCAAGCAGUGGCCUUUGCACGAGAGGAGAACUUGA